CACCAUGGUCGGUGUUUUGGACCAGCAGGCCCGACCUUGGGCAACUUUUUUUUUCUGAGGCAGGCUGGUCUAGCUUGGAGCCAUCCAUGGCGCAUCGUGAACGACUGGGACGAUAAGUCGCGUGCCACAACUCGACCACACAAGGCCACUUCUAAGCCCCCUCUGCAGCAAUGGCUUCUCAGUUUCAUAUCCAGAAGCCUUACGUGCUGACUACGCUGCCGAGGCCUCUUGAUCCAGCCACCGGUGCUUAUGUUGUUGGCGAUGUAUACGGACUUGCGCCGGCAUUGAAGAAACGGAAGAGACGUCGCGCCGAAUUGACCGUGGGCAUUGACGGUGAAGCCAUAAACAUAUACGAUGUCUCAUCCUCAAGGCUCGUCACAUCGUAUCCAAUUCCACCCCAGUCGCGCUUCCCUUGUCCAGCAAGCUCGAUUCGAUUCAAGUCCGAUUCAACCAAAGAUGUAUCGCGAUACACGUACGCCGCAUUGAGUGAGUCUCGGACAAACAAAGUCACUCUUUUCAAAGAUAGCGUAGGCGAAUCGGGUAAGACGGAUCAAGUCAAUCGCUCCGUAUCACUCAGCGAAGGCCACCCCGUUGUAUGGCUUGCGCCUCUUUCAAAACCUAGAGCUACCAAUGACGCGACGAACGCCUCAUUCAAUAGCGAACUUUUGGUUGUGAGAGCAGAUGGCGAGAUAAUAGGCCUCGAUGGGGAGAGUCUACAGCAAAAAUGGGCGUCGAGUGCCCUAGCCAUGCUUCAGGAUCUUUCUGAAGAUGCAAGAACAGACUUUACCAUCGAAUACUGUCGUUCCGUCUCGGCUUCCGAAGUGGCCAAGGGUAUUUUCAAGGGAAAUAGCGAUGUAUUCAGCCUCCUCUCUGACUCUAGCCAAGAAUUGGACGAUGAAAUGGAAGUUUUGGUUCUGGUUUCCGUCUCGGGCUCAGCAGGUCAGCGUAGCCGGCAUCUCCACAUCGUUGGCCGGCUACCUUCAACAACUUCUUUACAGGGCAACCGAGGCAUUGUACAACUUCACGUUAUGCCUUUAGGGGUUGCCACAGGCAAAAAAGGAAGCUCACGAUCUUAUCGCCUUGACGCACGCAAUGGGGCUUUAUUAGAGCUUCAGAAAUACACGAUUACCAUUCAUGACUUAACAGCAAGCAUACCAAAAGUUGCAUCAACCAUGCAACUCGAGGGCACCAAUUCGUUUUUGCCACUAAGCAAGACGUCUCUCUUAUGCUCCACCAAUACCCAACUCUCCGUUUUCAAUCCAGUCUACCGAUCCCUGCAGAAUACUAUUGAUAUCGAUCUAGUAUCUCAAGGGCAGGCCUUAAAUUUGAACGAGGGUGGCUCUGUUCCGUGUCAGCUAGUCGCUUACUUCUCUCCAUUAGAGCGCGCUGUGGCGAUUGUCGGAUCUAAUUUAAUCGCCAUUCAACUAGAGGCACCUAAGAAUCGACAUGCGAAACGACGUGCUGAAGGUCUCCUUAUCGAUUCGAUCGGACGCGGCCUUCCCACAACAAAGAGGAGCUCAACUUCAUCCUCAAAAUUGCCGCCUAAGGACUCCGUCUUUUCAAAUUAUCUUCCGGGUUCGAUAAGAGGUGACUACUGGAAGAAAUGGACGGCCGAUCAAGAACAUGCCGAUUCUUUGUUAAACUCAAACGAUAUCCCUAACUUUGAAAUAUUCCUCUCUGAGAAAUUGGGUAUCAAAGUGGAAACAGCUGCCGUGCAGAACGAAGACAACACGGACGUAUCAGGAAAACCCAAUCUAGUUUGGCGUUUCCCCAAAUCACGCGCAAACUACCCGCCCGUGGACAGGAGAUGGAUCUUAUUUGCGAUAAGCCGAUCUUUUCAAUGGAAUAACGCUCUACUUGAAGAUUCAAAAGUAUCUCGCCUAAUUUUCCAGUUACCACAGAGCAACAUCUUGAACUAUCUAGUAGAUGCCGGGCAUUUGACGUUGUCGAACUUGCGAGCCGCCUUCCGGGGCAAACUCGGUGAAAAGGAAGCAACAGACAGCUUUCUCGCCGAGGAACUUGUCUCAAGACUUGCAGAGAUUGACCCGACCCUAGAACUCCUGGUAGUUUACCUAUCUGCCACUAAGCUAGGUGCUUUGGAAAUCCUCCUUGUUCUCCGGACUCUUAUGAGGAGCUUGGGGCUAGUGAAUGACCCGAAUAAGCCUCUCCCCAAACUUUUGACAAACGGGACAGCCGAGGACGCCGAGGACGCCAUAUCUGAAAAUGACACACCCGAGAAUGAGAAUAUUGGUAUGGAGCUGGAUGACCUUGAAGACGAGAUUCAGAAAACAGUGUCUUACCUUAACAAUGAGGAUGCUGGCAUCCGCGGUAGGGGCAUUAGCGCUGCCUUCACAAAGCUUGGAGCCUGCCCACAUUCUUCCGCUGUCAAGGCUCUACGAUCUACCUUCAAGCCACAAGAGAUUCUCUCCCUAAUGUACGUACUGCGAAUCGAAUUAGUUAAAGGCGGCUGGACAGAUCGUUAUCUCGAGGUGGAAUACCGCGAGAACGAAGGCGCCCCAUUCGACGCCCCUCCCGACGGCAUCAUAAAGCUCAUCGCCGACCUCCUGGGGUUCUGCCUGGACUCUCUAGGGCCGGGCGGCUGGCUCCUCAACGACGCUAUGCAGGCGGGCGACGACGCAGCGGAUUUCGUCGGCUCGCUGACGCACGAGGUCAGCGCCGCCCUCGAGGGAUUAGAAGAGAUGACGUUCCUGCGCAACUUCCUCGCCGGACCAGUCAAGUACUGCGAGGAAGUCUCGAGAAAAGCGGCAGCAGUGUCCGCCGCGGCGCCCGAUGCCAAUGCUAAGCCAAUUGCCAUCAGCAUCAAGGACCCCGCGGCCAAGACCCUGCCGCUAGGCCUCAAGCCCGCGUCCCAACAGGUCUCGAGUCACAAGGUCGGCUCGGGCGGCGAGAUCGUCCAGAGGAGUCUUAGGGAGCGGGGUCAUCUGAUUAGUCAGAAGGUGGGAUCGUAUUCCCUUGAGAGGAUUGUGAUCUAGAAAAAUGUUUUUUUUACUCUAAUAAAUGACGAUAAUGUCGGACCAAAUGAAUGAUUUGUCUUGAUCUGUUAUUGAUUGCCCUUGCUUGGUUCGGAGCCGGGAUUGUUUGGUGAAUGUACCUUGUGACAGCCAUGUGUAAUAUCCGGCCAUUGAGCGGGUGUUUAUUUAUUAUAUUACGUUUUAAAUAUGGACUUGUAGGAGGUAAGUAAGUAAGUAUUAUGUCUAUGUACAUCCACGAUGUCGUGCGUAGAAUGCCUGUCUGGGUAUUGUGCCGACUGGAUGUAUAUAUUUAUUUGGAGUCAGUGUCUAUGUAAGUAAGUACUUAAACACGGGCAAAAUACCAAGCGAUGA